AUGUCGGAGAAAGCGUCUGCGGUGGACUCUGAGAGUCAAACAAAGCUGCAGAGAUCCAGACGGGCUCUUGGUUCCGGCUCUGCAGUCAGGGACCAAAAAAACAGAAAGACUGAUUUGUAUAUUCCUGCUCCAAAGACCUCCAACAUCAACACUUCAUCGAGGGUAAACAACUCGUCCUUCCUCUCGUCUGAUUUCACCUCCACGCUCUCGGCUUCAAAGCUGGUCCUGAUCCGUCUCUGGUUUCAGCCCGGCCUCGCUGCCACACUAACAGAACCAAACAUGAACUCAGGGUGGGAGAGCAGGCUGUUCACACAUCUGUGCGCUCUCCAUGUGUGUGUUUGGGUGGAGGAUGGUGUGGAGAGGGUUGGUGUUCAGAAAACAGAAACAGAGAUAGAAACAGAGCGGUUCAGGAGUGACCCGGUCUGUAAUCAGCGGGUUUGA